UAUCUAAAUCUUACGUAAUGGCUGAUAAUGAUAUCAGAAACUUCUAUCUAGAUGCAAGAGUGCUAUAUAGAAGACUAGUUCUGGACAGUGGGCGAGAAAUAGUUAUAACCAUGCAAGCCAUUGCAUUGUGGAUUGUUCUUGAAGGAAUGGGGUUUCCCAAUCUAGUUCGAAAAUUUCUCAAGAUCCAUGAAAUGGUUGUGAACAAGCUCCUGGAUGAAGCAGAUAUGUGCCUCAGAUGUGUUCAAUCGGUUCAACCCCCUGUACCGGCGGUUAAUAUGUCUGAUAUGCCAUUAACUGAAGGCUUAAUGGGUGGUAAUAAGCGAAUAAAUCUGAUGUUGGUAUACACGAACAGUACGAAUGUCAUAACGAAAGUGAAUGAAACCGUGUUUGGAUCAUUUUCUAUCGCUUUCGAUGACAUAAUUCAAGAGGUGUCAGGAAUGAGCUUUCCAGAAUUGAAUGUUCUUCCUUUAGCGCAAGAUCUGCUAGAGGGCCACGCAGAACAAGCAGCACCUUGUUUUGAUGCACCUUCAGCGUACUCUUCUGUUCUUCCAAAUCAUACAACGCUCGGUAAGGACGAACAUGUACCAGAAAGCAAGCGUGCAAUAUUCUGUACGUUUACACGAGAAUAUCCGGUUCAACAAAAAGAACUUGAGAGCUUCUUGGAAAGAUCGUAUGGUGAAAGGUGUAUCGAGAAAAUUACAAUGCAGCAAGUUCCAGGUAAUGAGCAUCCAUCUUGGGCGUCAAUAAUUUUCCAUUCUCAAAUCCCGGUGCAGGAAAUCAUGCAAGGGAGAGAAACUGCACCAAUCAAUAUAAAUGGGAAACACGUUUGGGCUGGAAGCCUCGAAUUCAUGGAAAGGUUAUGAAUCUUAUGAUCCAAGAGAGAAGAUCAGGUUGGAUGCGUUUAGAAGAUCAGAAAUAUAUGUUUCUUUUUUCUUUUCGUUUCACCAUUUUGUUGUGGGUACAAUA